AAAUGGAGGAAAGGAAAAUAAUGUUCUCGCUUUAUUGACGUUAAUCUGGAGAAGAGACAGAGGGAGGACAUGUGGACGAGGUGGAAGGUGAAGAGCAAGAGGAGUCAAGUAAAAUAAAGAGAAGAAAAGAGGAAGGGAAGUAGGAGAAGGUAAAGAAGGAGUAUAAGAAGAGGAAGAGAAUCAUGGCAAAGAAACUGAUGAUCAUCGACACAGACUGUGGCAUCGACGACGCUCAGGCCAUCAUGAUGGCACUGGCUGCUCCCAACGUCCACAUCCUGGCCGUCACCUGUGUGUUUGGAAACGCAGCGGUGGACAACGUGUGUCAGAACGUCCUCACGGUGCUUUCUGUCUGUCAGCGCCAGGGGAUCCCGGUGUUCCGAGGUUCCGGUGUUCCUCUGGUCACAGUCAAUGACCACAUUCAAGACCACUUUGGAAGUGAUGGAUUGGGAGAUGUGAUUAAAGACAAAGAUCCAAAGUGGGAGGAGAAGAUCCAGAAGGAGCAUGCAGUGAACGCAAUGGUCAGACUGGUGUCCGAGAACCAGAACCAGGUCUCACUGGUGGCGCUUGGCCCGCUCACUAAUCUCGCGCUGGCUGUCAGACUGGAUCCACAUUUUCCCCAAAAGCUGAAAGAUCUUUACAUCAUGGGAGGAAACAUGGAAGGAAAAGGAAACGUGAGACUGUGUGGAGAGUUUAACUUCGUAAUGGACCCGGAAUCUGCCUACGUUGUUCUUGAACAAUUUCUGUGCCAGACGUACAUCGCGACAUGGGAGUUCUCGUGCAGAAAUGCUCUGACAUGGGAGUUCUUUGAAGAACUGAUGAACCAGGACACGCCCGCCUCUCGCUUCAUGAAGAUGAUAACGUCCAAGUGCUGGGCUUACUCCAAAGAGGCUUUGAAGAAUAAGAGAGACAUUAACUUCGGGCCCGGCUUCGUCUCGUACGACUCUUACGCGAUGGCAGCCUGCAUUGACGGCAGCGUGGUAACGGAGAGCGUGGAGUGUCCCGUUCGCGUGGAGCUGCAGGGCUCCAUGGCACGCGGCAUGAUGGUGCUGGAUCGCAUGGACGAGCUGAAGAAGAGCCACAGCGUGUUUGUCUUCUCCAAGUGUGAUGUUGCCAGAUUUGGUCAGAUGCUGAUGGAGUCUCUGCAACAACCAGGGAUUAAAUAACCUGUGGUGCUUUCAUGGAAGAGGGAUUUAGAGCUCGUACAUUUCCCCGAAACACAAGUUUUCACACUGGUUUGGGUUUGGAAGACGGCAUCGUCGUCAUCAUCACAGCAAGAGGAAGAGAGGACGAGCACAGAUGUUCUCACUGUACUUUAACAGUCUCUUAAAUCAAUGAGUCAGAGCACAGACCACAUGAGAAGAUACACUGGUACACUGUAUUUAAUAGGCCUAUAUUUUUACUUCACAAGAGUACAACAAUGUAGUAAAUGAGUUUUCAUUUUGUAGUCUGAAAUAGUUCAUUACUUUCUAAUCAAACUACUUUUUAAUGGUGUCGUCUUAUUGUAAGAUAGAAAAUUCAGAACCCCCUAAUAGAUUUAUGUACAGUAUGUAAGGUUUAAAUAUUCUAAUACUGUACUAGUGUACAAUAGAAGCCUCAAACUCAGGUGUUAUAUAGUCAGAGGUUGACCCAUACAUGUCCACAGAUUAGAAUAGUCUAUUUCUGUCAGAUAUGUUUGGCCAGUUUUAUAAUAAAUGAUAUUCAAAAUAGCUUCACACUAUUAGGUCUGUUUCCACUCACACUUACUGGACGUAUAUAUUUUAAAUAAAAUAACUUCUAACGCAUGAAGCAAGUGGU